AUGUUGAACUCAAAAAAUCUAAAAUAUGAUCAGGAAUUUGAUGCAGCCAGAAAGCCCAUUUCGAAGAGAAGAGUAAAAACAAGUGAUUAUUUAAUGGUGAGGUAGUAGUAAUAAAAUAUUUAAGAGUAGAUAAAAAUGUUUUUAUAAAGACUUAUGAGAACUGAGAUUAGGUCAUUAAAGAAUAUAAAGUAAUUGAUUGAUAUAUUUCCUUUAAAAAUGCAAAGAAAGCAUAUUUUACAAAAGUUUUUCAAAUUAUAUUAAAUGAAAGAAAAAAUAUAUUAAAAGCUAAAACUCCAAAUUAAAGAUAGAUAAAUAAAAGCGUUGUUCACGCUUAUAAUAUAUUUUAUUCUUUAUAAUUAAAACUAAUUGUAAAAUAAAAUAAAAUAGUUUUAAAAAUAUUAAAUAUGUAAAAUUUUUGUUUGGUUAUUGACUUUGUGA